AUGUGGCAGGACAUCGAGACGGUGCUCCUUGGGGACGCAGGCGCUUCAGACACGGAGCCUCUCCCUAGCAGGGAUGCCAACAUGUCAACAUCUUCAUCUCCCGCCAUUUUCGCCGCGCCAACGCCUCUGCCGCAGACGCCGUCAAUCCUGUCACUAGCGCUGACGGCGCCGCUGACGCCCCGUCUACACUCCCUCCAGUAUACAUCCUUCUGUCCUCACAGCGAAACUCUCCUCAGCGGCUUGGGCGGAGAUGAGAGCCAAGGUGGCUAUCACGUCCCAGGAGAUGAUAGCCAGCAUUAUCGCGGCGCAUCACCAGCAUCCACGCCCAUGGACACUGGCUAUCAUGCGCAGUAUGCGUCGCCGUAUCACGCAUACGUCGAGGGCUUGGAAGUUGACGCAUACGUGACGGAGGAAAUGAACAGUCCCGUCUAUAAUCCCAGCAUCAUGGAGGUUCCGUCGCUGGUACAGGCUGAGGAUUUCGUGGAUCUUGACGCCCUGGCGAAGAGUGCCGCGGAGGGUCACUACUGCGGUGACCCCAGUGCCACGGUGCCACCCAAACAGGAGGUGCAGGAGCACUUCCACUUCACUGCUCCCGAUGCUCCGGCUAAACUGCCUUCAAUCACCACGCUACAGCCUCGGGCUCACAACCUCUCCUUCACUACAUAUGGCACCACUUUGCCGCCAUUAUCUGCUGUCACCGCCGCCCAGCAGCAGCAGCAGCAGCAGCAGCAGAAGCAGCAGAAGCAGCAGCAGCAGCAAGGAGAGAGUGCUGCACAACCCAUUCCUCCGCCUGUAGUCCCACAGCCUCCUGGCAUGCAAGGCGUGACACAAGUCACCUACACCCACGGACAGAUGUCACCACCCGCGUCUCCGGACAACGAAGACUUGCCGCCUGGCGUCCGGGUUUCGAACUGCAUGACGCAGCUUCAGAGCGCCGCGACGCCUCUCACCCCGCACGCCAGACAGAGCCUCCACACGCUGGUUAAGGUAAUGACGCCCCCGUCUUCCCCUAACCUGUCGGAACUGCUGUCUACACCCGUCACCACGGCACCCACCUGUCCGCCUCUGCCCCGCGCGGGUUUAGAGCGAAGUAAACAGAUGAACCACGAACCCCCACCGGAUGAACCAGAGCCCAAGGUGACCAAAAAGCCGACAGGUCGGAAGAAAAUCACAGCCCACACCUGCCAACACCCGGGCUGUCACAAGACCUACACCAAGUCGUCCCAUCUGAAGGCGCACCUCCGCACUCACACCGGCGAGAAGCCUUACAUGUGUAAUUGGAAAGGGUGCGGGUGGAAAUUCGCGAGAUCUGACGAGUUAACCCGACACCUGCGUAAGCACACAGGUGACAGACCCUUCCAGUGUCGACUGUGCGAACGGGCUUUCUCCCGCUCAGACCAUCUCAGUCUACACAUGAAGCGGCACGUGAGUGUGUAGCCGCCCGCACGCCCACACUCUGUACAGACAUCCCCCGGUGUACAAAGGCUUGGCCAAGCCUGAUUUACGUUACCAGGAGGCUUCCUGCCCCCACCCCCCACCCCUUCGCUCCCGACGCGCGCGCACACACACACACACAAGCCCAUUUCAGACCCAAUUCUUUAAUCAUGUGUCGAUGCAGUAACAGGCUGAUUGAUAUGCAUGAGGACUGGCGCAUUUGCCUCUGAAUGACAAUAGUAAAGCCAAGAAAAUAAUUGGAAUAGGGAAAAUAUUCGAACUAUAUCAUUCGAACCGAACCAUUAAACGAAUCUUGUUUAGGAUCAGAUACGAACCGAAGCAUCCCCAUUCUUAUUCCUUUACUACACGACUAGGUCGAACCGAGCCUUCCCCUAUGACAGUCCCCUACCCCGUAGGAUUCACCCUGCAAAGUUGAGCGAGAUUAGCCGUAAGCCUCGGACCUCCAACUCUUAGACAGACAGACAGACAGACACAGACACUCUUAUAGACACACGAGGCUCAAUUGUUAUUAUUAACCCCAGCAACGAAAACGUAGACACGACGCUGUUUAGACAUUUCUGUACCGUUCCUGUACCAGAAUGGUACAAUAGACGGAAGACCUCACUCAUUACCAAAUUCUCACCCCCUCUCUGUCACCUCUCCCCCCCCCUCACGCCCCCCAAUAGCCCCCUCCCCCCUCUCCCAUCUGUUCCUCACCACAUCAGGACCCAUCAAUCACCGUGUUCCAGCGGGCUGUUGUGGUCAGCUGGAACACGACAGCAGUCUAAAGUCACUUUGUAAUUAAAUAUAUAUAAAUAUUCAUAUUUUAUAUCGAUUGUGAGAGAUUGUUUCAGUCGUCCAUAAAUAGAGCGGAACACUGAUUGUAAACACAGGUCGGAAGAUAAUUGAUAACUGUAUUUUUAUAAUACAGUUAAUAAAAUAAAUAGGUAAUAUAACUUACGGUUGUUCUUAGUUCCGGUUCGUUAAGAGCUCGUAGGGAGACGAGCUUAACUACGAGCUCGUAACAGAGCUCGUAGUUAAGAGCUCGUAGAUCAGUUCAAGAAUAUCUGAUAUUCUUAGGGAUGAUUUCUCCUCUGUGUUUUGUGUAUUGAUAAUUAUUCCAUUUUAUUCCUUUAAAAGAAUAUUAGAAAAUCAAGAUAGGGGCUUGCGAGAAAGAGAGAGAGAGAGAGAGAGAGAGAGAGAGAGAGAGAGAGAGAGAGA